AUGGGUAAAGACUAUUAUAAAAUUCUUGAAGUUGAUAAAAAUGCAGACGAUGAACAGCUUAAGAAAGCCUAUCGGAAACUAGCAUUGAAAUGGCAUCCGGACAGACAUCAAACUGAUAAAGAUGCAGCGGAACAAAAAUUUAAAGAAAUUAGUGAAGCUUUUGAAGUACUGAGUGAUAAAAAUAAAAGACAGAUUUAUGACAUGUAUGGUGAAGAGGGUUUGAAAGCAGGUCCACCCCCAUCUGAAAGUAGUGCUGGUGGUGCUAGUUUUGCGGAAGGAUUUCCAGGUGGCUUUGCCAAUUUCCCUGGCCGCACGACCUUUACCUUUAGUAGUAAACCGGGAUUUAAUCCAUCAGAUCCGAAUGAUAUCUUUAAACAAUUCUUUUCAGAUUUCGGAGGCGAUGACGAUUUUAUGAAUGCAUUUCCUGGUGGUUUCUCUAGAAGAAGUAGAGGCGGUAAAACAUCUUCUGAUGAAUUUAUGAGUGAUUUCUUUUCUAGAUCACGUGGGCAAGAAAGUGGUGGUGCAUUAGAGGUUAAACACACUUUGCCAUUAACUCUUGAGGAGAUCUACAAAGGAACUACAAAAAAACUUAAAGUCACGCGAAAACUUAUUGAUAGUGCUACUAACAAAGUAGUUCCUACUGACAAAAUUUUGGAAUUUAAUGUUAGACCGGGAAUGAAAGCUGGGUCUAAAUUUAGAUUUCCAAAAUCUGGAGAUGAAUUACCAAAUGGGGAAACGCAAGAUAUCGUUGUAGUUUUAGAAGAAAAACCACAUCCUAUAUUUAAACGUGAUGGAGACGAUCUACGUAUUACUUUAACUCUAACUUUACUUGAAGCACUUGCAGGAUUUAAAAAGACUAUUCAAACAUUGGAUGGUAGAAGAUUGGCUAUCUCGGAUACUUCAGUAAUAAAGCCGGGUCAAGAGCAAAGAUUUUCUAAUGAAGGAAUGCCUACGAAAGACCCACAGAGAAAAGGUGAUCUUUUGGUGAAAUACGAUGUUAAGUUUCCUAUUAAGUUAACGGAAAAUCACAAAAAUACCUUAAAAAGCGCUUUACAAGACGUUAAUUAUGAAUCAUGA